AUGGCAGACCCACCUUUGAUCUUCCUGAACAGAUUGGGAAUGUACUCGUCGUCAAAGGGCAGCUUGCCGCACAGCAGCGCGUACAGCACCACACCACAACUCCACACAUCCACUUCAGGGCCAGAAUAUAGCUUACCCGAGAUGACCUUAGAAC